AUGGCAACGUAGGCGGGGCUAAAGCCAGACGCUGCGGGUGAGCGAUGAGCUGGUGUCUCUGGGAACCGGAAAGCGAUUAAACAAAUAGGUGAAACAGCAACUUACACUGGUAUGAUCUGCCUACAUUGGGACCACAAGGGAGAGAUCGGCUCAUACCUUAGAUCGCCUGGGGGAGGGGCUGAGGAGAUGCCUUUAAGGACUAUGUUAAGAAAAGAUGCAUUCUUUGUUUAGUCCCCGGCAGAACCAUCACAGUGCAUCAAGAUGAAAUGAGCAGAUACAGACUGGAAUGACAGAGCGGACAGAGGCAGCAAGGCGAAGGGGUUUUCACUUAACCUUAAAGUACCACUCAGCAUCCUACUCAUACGCUUCUUCAGUAUUCCGAACUGAUUGUGCAGCCAGGGACUUAUAUUUAGAGAUAAAGAAGUGACACGCAGUAUACUGGUAUGUCCAAAUCAUCCUUGGAAACUGCCCCAAUCACCAGCAGUUACUCAGGGGACAGAACUUUAAAAACUUUUUCCAACCUGGAGAACAUAGUCGCUGGAAGGAAAUUUAAAAGAACUAUAGCCACAAUACAACAUCACAUUUGAGAUCCCUGUUCUCCUUGAUUGCAAAUGUGUGAACGUCUAGGGCAGAGGAAGGACAGAUGGUGUACGGACUUCAGAGCAUACUCACCGCGCUCCAAGCUACAAGAGACACAGAUCAGCAUGCCGACACUGACAAUGCUUCAUUCAACAGCCAAUUCCACCAAUGUCACCAUCAAUGUUGGGACUGAGCUUAAGCCAACCAACACAUCCAAUAUUGCUAUGGACAUUCCAGAAGAGAUCUUUCUGUUCCUGUGUGUGUUCAGCUUGCUCGAGAACAUACUUGUGGUCAUUGCUAUUUUCAAGAACCACAACCUGCACUCUCCCAUGUAUUAUUUCAUCUGCUGCCUGGCGGCAUCUGACAUGCUUGUUAGUUCUAGCAAUCUAGGUGAGACCCUCAUCAUUUUUAUGCUUAAGCAAGGGAUUAUAAAAUUUGAGCCACUGCUUGUCAAAAAGAUGGAUUACAUUUUUGACACGAUGAUCUGCUGCUCUUUAGUAACCUCCAUCUCCUUCCUUGGGGCGAUUGCAAUUGACCAUUACAUCACCAUCUUCUACGCCCUGCGCUAUCACAGCAUUAUGACACUGCGCAGAGUAGUUAUUGCAAUAUCUGUGAUCUGGUCGGGCAGUUUAGUUUGUGCUGCCAUCUUCAUUAUCUACCAUGAGAGUGGUGCUGUCAUCUUAUGUCUAAUUGUCUUUUUCCUCUUCAUGUUGGCCUUGAUGGUGGCCUUAUAUAUCCACAUGUUUGCUCUGGCACGCUGGCAUGCACGUAGCAUUUCUGCCCUGCAGAAAGGCAAGAGGAGAAGGAUCACCUCACAUCAAGCUAGGGCAAACAUGAAGGGUGCCAUAACACUAACGUGGUUGCUUGGCGUCUUUUUCCUCUGCUGGGGUCCUCUUUUUCUCCACCUCACUUUGUUUGUGUCCUGCCCUAAUCAUCAUAUUUGCCACAGCUAUUUUUAUUAUUUCAACAUCUACCUCCUUCUUGUCAUCUGCAAUUCUGUUAUUGAUCCUUUAAUCUAUGCCUUCAGGAGUCAGGAGCUAAGGAAGACCCUUAAGGAAAUCAUUUGGUGCUCUUGGUGACAACCCAGACUGGGGAAGGUGCUGGCAGAGAGCUAAAGGCAGCUGGGGUUUAAUGAGAAUGUCUAAACACAUUUCUUCUCCUCUCCCCAUAAAUAUUUCAUUUUAUGACACUCUGAGACUUUCCCAUACAAUGUCUGCUUAAUACAACAUAUCUGAGGAAACAUUACGAUUAGGCUAAAAAAACCUCCAUAAUCCUAAAUUGAUUUCUUCUCUAGAAGGUUUACACAUAUAGGUAAUAGGUCAAACUGUAUCUCAUCUGAUAACAGGAGAACACUUGCAAAACCAUCAACACAGUCUGAGCAGCAAGAUGUCGUACCGUGUUUCAGGUACAAAAUUGUAGGAAAGACUCAAAUCUGAGUAGUAAAAGGGACAUUAGAUUCAAUUCAUUUCAAACAGGGGCCAGCAAGACAUGGUAUAGCGAUGGAUUCUUGCAUAUGACGGCUUUUAUAGUACCUCCUGUAAUAAUGAUGAGCAAUGAAGCACUAGAGGCCAUUCAGAACUGAAAUCACUGGUGUUUGGUCAAUCAAAGAUGGUGUUUCCCUCUGUUCAUGUGAUAUCACACUUCCUUAAAGCAAUAAGUACAGUAUUUACAAGAAUCUCCAUUUUCUGCAUUCCACUGAACAUGUUGUAUAAGUGUUUGGCUAUCAUGUGCUUUGUUAUAUAAAGGAAUAGCUCUGCAGCACAUUACGCAACAAGAAAGAAGUCUUGUCCCCAGGACGCAUGGAUACGGUAACAGUUACUGUCCUCUAGACAUUCUGAGAAGUACAUUUUCCAAGAAGUGCAUUUUCCUACUUCUCCUAAAUGGAAAUUACUACUUGUGAUAUUUCUACUAUGAUAGAAAAGUAUUGUGAUACACUCUGGACCUAAUUUUGUUGGAGAGCAACAGCCUUGGGUUCCAUGUAGCUUGGUGGAUAAGUCUUUGCUUUAUAUGACCACCACACAGAGUAUUAUCUUUCAGUAUAGAAAAAAACACAUUGCAUUGAACACAGCUUUCACUAUUGCCAGGCCCCUUUUGGUUUAAUGGCUAUUUGCUGGUUUAGCCAUCUUCAAAAUACCAAAACAUAUUUAAUUUUUCCUAAAUCUCUCCCAUUUGAUUAGGGAAUUUUAGUAAUCUAAGACUAUUUUUUUAAGUCCAUUAAAGUCUAAAUUAUUUUAUGUGAUACU